CGGUGCAGUUCCGUCCUCCCGCCGCCAGUCGUCGCUGUUGCGCGGCGCUGUUGUCUCCGAGAACUCCCACCGUCACCCUGCCGUGCUUCUCUUCCGCCGGUCCGAGCCAACAUGGGACGAGUCAGGACCAAGACCGUCAAGAAGGCCGCCAGGGUCAUCAUCGAGAAGUACUACACUCGGCUGGGCAACGACUUCCACACCAACAAGAGGGUGUGUGAGGAGAUCGCCAUCAUCCCCAGCAAGCCACUACGCAACAAGAUCGCAGGGUAUGUGACUCACCUGAUGAAACGGAUCCAGCGAGGUCCAGUCAGAGGAAUCUCCAUCAAACUGCAGGAGGAGGAGAGAGAGAGGAGAGACAACUACGUCCCAGAGAUCUCUGCUCUGGACCUGGAACUCUUUGAGGUGGAUCCAGACACAAAGGAAAUGCUCAAAAUGCUGGACUUUGGCGGCCUUUCCAACCUUCAGGUCACUCAGCCAACCCUUGGGAUGAACUUCAAAACACCACGAGGACUGUAGCAUCACAUGUGAAGGCUCUGAAUAAAGACAAAACUAUUACUAA